AGGGUGUGUGUACGCAGACCUUGCCCCUACUCGAAAGUAGAGAGGCUGUUUCCAAAGAGACCCCCGGCUCAACGUCGAAAGUUGCAUUGCUUGACUAACUGCUACUUCAUUAAUUAAAGAAGCGUAGACAGUUUAAAGAUCCAUUUUGAUUUAUUCCAUCAUACCCCAAAGCCAAAAAAUGUAUUGCUCCUCCACGAAGAUCGGUCCAAAUCCAACACUCGAGCUAGAUCCAGGAAGAAGAUGGAAUGAAAUCGUGAGGAUAGGGCUGAAUCUACUUCUCUUGGAACACCCCCGCUCGAGGUAUUGUGUGAUAAUUUUCGACAAUGAUGGCUCUGUUGGAGCUUGUCAAGUGUAUGGUACAAUCGUUCUGAUUGAUGGAGAUGGUGCUAAUUUUAAUCUCUAUGAUCGAGGGGAGGCAGAUGCUGAGACUGUGACUGUGGGUGGUUCCUUGACCCUCAUCAUGCCAAAGGGACAUGCUAUGUGUGCAUCUGGUCGGAUCUACUUGCAAGUCCAACUUAAUGAUGCAACUAUGUGUUUGCCAAUGGUCUUCACUAUUGGGAUUACAAAAGCAAGGAUGACUAUGAUGUGGCCCAAACCAUGGUGUUUGGAUCUGCCAUCAUCGAAUGCAUCACACAUCGCCAUGCACCCAUUGCUACUGUUGACAUCGUGCUAUUGAGGGGACGCUUGGGGGUGGAUCGAGCUAAUUUGGUAUGCAUCUUUGGCGAUGUAACUGUUCAUUGUGCCACGACUUACCCGAUCGUUCUUUUCAAGAGGAGUGAAAGACAGCCUAUGAGAGUAAGGCUUGGGACUUCAAUUAAACUGUUUAGACAUGACGUGGCAGUACCAUCGUGGUCCUCAGUUGUAGAGUGGGUGCCCUGACACAAACAUGGCCAUUUUGUGCAUCCAAAUCCUGCUCCGCUCUAGACACCUUCCUACAAUGUAAUGCGUCGAAUAUAAAAAAAUCUAUUGACAACAUUCUCCUUGGUAUCAACGUAACAUAAAAAGGAACUACAAAU